AUGGAGUCUCGUGGUGGCUCCGCCAGCCACCAACUCGUACCGGCGCCUGACACAGAAACUACGCAGCAACCCCCCAGCAUCUUCGUCCUACCUCACAAGAUACGAAAAUUAGUCUGGGAGUAUUCAAUCCCCGACAGGAAGACCGUACAGUUGAGGGGAAGAUUCGAUCAGGCAUCGGGCGGCUGGGUCAUCUUUAUUUUCCGCGGGUGGACUCGACAGCCUAGCCUCACCCAAGUCUGCCGGGAGACGCGCGAAUUCAUGUUGCGUAACGGAGACUUCAUCUUCGGCAAAAGCCCAACAGAACCAGGACUGUGGUGGAAUCCCAAAGUUGACAUCCUCAUGUUCACCCACAACUGGGAUCUGCGCUUUGAAUGGAAUGCCUUGGAGGGGCUGAGGGGCUUGGAAAAGGUCAAGAACGUUACCAUUGAUCAGGAUUUGGCGCGGUGGAUGUCUUACCGUCCCAUUUACCGGUGCGACCUCCCAGCAUACGACCCCAGCAACAUCCACAGUCACAGCGGCGAGCAACCCGUAGGAUUCAGACUGUGGUACCCAGACGACACACCCUAUUUCAAGUUCUUUCUUUUCAAUGGAAUCCACCCCGACAACCUCGCAGUGCUCUUUACAAGAUUGCUGCAAGAGCCAGCGGAAGGACUCGACAAUGAUCACUUUCCGGAUGUUCGAGUCGAUUUCGACUUCCUUAAUGACGAUUUGGACGAAGUCAAGCGAAAGCUGACCCGACUGGGGAGUCUGUGGGUGCAAAGCAAGCAGCUCAACCGGCCCGAUCGAUACAUCAUUAAUAUGGACUAUUUCUUCCAUGAAACAGAGGACAAGCCUGGACCUCUAUUCCGCAGAGGGGCGUCGUGUGAAGGCGAUGAGCAUGUGGAUGCUUCUGUUCUCCAUUUUUUCGUAGACAUGGAUCCGGACAACGUUCCCCUCUUUUGA